AUGUCGAGCGCUACCCUUGUCUUUGCGGAAACUCUCCAUCCUGAUAAUGAUACUCCUGCUUCAUGUCUUUCUGCGCGGUCAACAGCACCAUCACUUCAUGACUUACAACAGUUUCCUCCGCUAUCUUGCAAUUUAUCACUUUCGGGCAAACUAACAAGCCGUGACGAUGGCUGGGAGCUAUUGACCGAUCAAGAUGAAUUGCUCUCCUGUGACAGCACUAACAGCGCCGUAUGGAUUAAACACCGUACAUAUGCAGAAAUGGCGACACAGGCCGGCGUGGAGCACUACCCUAUCAAGCUUCCAGCCAGCCAGCAUAUAAAGACAGCAAUAAGACACCUUAGCCACGGUGAUAGCGAUCGAAUAUCAGCAUUACAAAAUGAUUUAUUGCAGAAACGGAGACCGGAAUAUAUGGCUCCUUCUACAAUGCAGAUGACACACAAAUCCCGAUUUAUGGAGACUUUGCCGCCAAAUGGAGCUCACGACGACAACAGACAAGAGCAGCUGCGGCAACUAGAUCCAUGGUAUCAAUCCAAAUGCCUGAGAAGAAGCAAGUACGAAAUCAACCCUAUAGUUCACCACCGCAAGCAGAAAACACUUGAAAUCGCCUUUCGUCGUGCAGCAGAAAACUUCACGGCUAUGUCCAAGAAGCGACGACGGGCUCCAAAGCAAGAGCUCAGCAAAGCACAACAAUGUCUAGCCACGGUUAAAUCGCUCCAGAUUAACUUACCACCUCGCUAUUACGUCCAGGGUGAUAGAAGAAUAGGAAGAGUGAAGUUUUCUUGCAGACUAGACAAACACUAUUCCGGGCGUUUAUCGUUGAACCGCUUUGAAGAAGCGUUCAAGGAUCCACUUGUUCGCGAAAUUGUGCUCGGUCUAAUAGACAAGAGACUUAAGAAUCCUUGUGGCUGGAGACCCAUUCCCGAGUAUAACAAGAAGCAAUGGUCCACGUUGGUCGAAUACUAUGCUCACUGCUAUCAAACCCACAUCUACCACGAUCUUUUUUCCGUCUCGCGCGAGUACGAAUACACAAUCAUUCCGCAGUUGCGAAUAGUGUAUUUAAGAGCAAAACGGAGAUGGAUCAGUGCUUUGACACACACGCUUCCUUCAAUCAAGGACAAGUCUGUUUGUCGAAGGAGCCGCAUGGAAUAUGCUCGACACGUUUUACGCGAUUGA